GCGACCCUCGCCUCGAAUCACUAGUUUCCCAGUCACAAUAAUGAAGUGCGGCUGGCUGUGGAUCUCCGGCUAAUAUGUUUAUGUUUGCCUUAUCGAACUGAUAGCAGCGCCGCUGAUUGCCAAUUGUUAGACUUGCCUGAAGCGGCUCCCAGCCUCUAGACUUCGAUUCAGUUCGGUUCUGAUUCUUGCCUGAUUUGCGAUGACUCGGCGUAGCUGGCUGCUGGGCUGCACCUACGCCAUUUGCUGGUUGCUCACCUGUGCCACCGAGCAGACUGGUCCGCAAGGAGAUCCGCUGCAGCAGCAGCCGCGCAUCAUCAAUGGCAGCGUGGCCAGUUCGGACGAGACACGCCACCUGGUCUCCAUUCGCCUCCGGCGGCACGACAACAACUUUGGCAGUGGCCACAUCUGCGGCGGAGCACUGAUUGCGCCCCGGAAGGUCCUGACCGCCGCCCAUUGUCUGUACAACAACCAGAGGAAGCGCUAUCGACGACCCGACGAGUUUGUCGUCGUCCUGGGCACCCUGAACCGCUUCGAGCGACGCAAUGGGACCCUCGUGUCCCAGGUGAGCUCCAUGGCCUACAUGCACACCUUCAGCCCGGACAGCAUGCGCGACGACGUGGGCAUCCUCUUCCUGCGCACCGGGCUGCCCUCCUCUGACGAGGGCGUCACCCUCACCUCCGCCGUGGCCCCCAUCCAGCUGGCGGCUCAGGCCACGCCCCCUGGGAGGCUGUGCCAGGUGGCUGGCUGGGGACGCACGGAGCAGAGUUCCCUGUCCAACAUCCUGCUGACCGCCAACGUGAGCACCAUCCGGCACCAGACCUGCCGGAUGAUCUACAAGGCCGGUCUGCUGCCGGGGAUGAUGUGCGCCGGGCGGCUGCAGGGCGGCACCGACUCAUGCCAGGGCGAUUCGGGAGGUCCGCUGGUGCACGAGGGGCGGCUGGUGGGCGUGGUCUCGUGGGGCUACGGAUGCGCGGAACCGGGAUUGCCGGGGGUCUAUGUGGACGUCCAGUACUAUCGCCAGUGGAUCGAGGAGCGCAGUGGAGCACCGCAUUUCCGCUGCAGCAUUUCUGCCAGGCUGCUCAUACUGAUGAUGUGUUUGUGCUGGUGCUCUGGAUUCUGGAUAAUCUUGUAAUGGUGUAUACCUUAACUAAAUAUUUAUGGAUGCAGAACAGACUUGCACUAAGUCUGUUCUUUUUAAAGGAUCUGCAAUUAAGAAAGCCCCAAAAAGUUAGAAAAACAUACCUUUAAGGCAUAGGACAGCUUUUUUUAAUUUAUCAUAAUGCUUAUCUACCAAUAAACAAAAUUAGGUUUUCAAAACCAUUUAUUCUUUUAGUUUAACUCCAUAAUAUUCAAUUUUCAAUAUACUGCAGCAAAUGAUUUUAUGAAAAUGAUUAAACUUUU